AAUAUCGUAAUUAUCUUCAUUUUGUUUAAGACCUUUGAGCUGGGAGCACGUUGCUCGUUAUAUCUUUAAUGUAAUAUUUAAUAUGUAUUGAAAAUAACGCGACUAGGAUUUAUGGAACUUCUAUACCUAAUUCUAUAAUAAUGGGUGUGAAAACACCAAAAGUUCUGCAUUUAGUGUCGGGAUGGGAGGCGGCCGAGUUAGUGUUCAAAUGUAUAUUUGUCGGUUUGUGGCAACUAAUUCAGAUUACAGUGAAAAGGUUAUGGAAAGGGCACAGAAGAAAAUCUUUGAAGAAUCCGCCGUCAGUGGAGUUAACUGUAGAUUCGUCUGUAGGGACCCACUGUUAUAUCAAAGUCUUGGGUGUAAAAUACCAUUACGUCGAGAGCGGACCAAAAUCUGGCAAGAAAUUGCUCAUACUCGGAGAUGCUCCUGACAAGGGCAACCUAUGGGGCCCCACCUGGUCCCGGGUGGUCAGAAGGCUGACCGAGAACGGGUACCACGUGGUCACCCUGGAUCUGAGGGGGAACGGGGGGAGCGAAGGCGGAAACCGGAGGGCGCUGUCCCCUCCCAGGGUGGUUGAGGAGUUGGCUACGCUGAUGGUAGCUUUGGGAGUCUCAAAAGACCAGCCGGCGGUCGUGAUCGGCUUUGGGAUCGGUGGUAUGCUUACCUGGUACCUAUCGCACUGCUACGGCGUAUUUAUCAGUAAGCUGAUAGUGGUGGGCGCCCCUCACCCCAACCUGUAUUGGCAGAGUCCACCGGCUGCCUUCUGCAAGAGUGCUUUGCAUUUUAUACAGUGGCCACAUUUCCCGGAGAAAUGGCUGGCCGAAGGAGAACUGCAAGGCAGCGAUAACAAGCGGUGGUCCAGCUCGCGAGCUUGCGACUGGGAAGGCGCCCUCAAUUAUGUGAGAGGAGCUGCGUGGUGGCGCAUCAAACCUGGUCAUCGCAUCAGCCCCCCAGCCCUUCUGAUAGGGUCCAGAGAGAGCGCCACCCAACUGGUAUCCAGUGCCCAGUACUGCGUGACCUCGUCACUCCGGCUGAUACCCAAACCUGACCCUUCGGACCCUGAGUUGCCUGCUCUGGUCCUGGAUUUCUUAGUUGCUGAAGAAAAAUGCCCAGACUCCGAACCUCGCGGUCUUGUGGGCCGUAUGCUUGGCGCCGUGGCGGGCCGCGGGCGGGAACUCACAGCGAAACUAGUACUUCCCCCUCAAGCGUAGCCGGAAGAUACUAUACGUAUAGGAUACUUAGGCAGCUUCAAAAGGAUCCUCCUUUUCAGCGUCAUUAAGCCUAAAAGACGCGAAAUUCCACGCGUGUUACUUUCGCAAGCAAAUCCGUGGGAUACUAUAUGUAUAUAUAGCAGCUUUAAACUUAAUAAAGGUAAUCGUAUGUAGAGUAGAACUAAUUUAUAUUGCUUUUUUAGUUGAAGAGGCGACUAAAAAUGCAAUAUAAACAUGUGCAUCAAGUUUCAAAGGCCAGAUGUCAGCUGACUGAAAAAAAAUUACCAGAUCUUGUCACAGCAUGUAAACUAUCCAACAUGCUGAAGCAUGUGAAAAGCAUUGAAAGUGAGGAUACGCUAUCAUGAUAGAAAUAGUCUUUAAAGGUUUAACGAGCGACGUGCAUUGUAAUUUGGAAAGUAAACUUAGACAAAAUAGUUUAAAAUAAUAAUCUAAUUUAGCGCAUUACAUUAAAAUUCAUUUUUAUCUUACAAAUUUAACUAGUAACUGUAAUUAGGUGUAUAUAAUAAUUUCUUUAAAAGUAACUACUUACCAACUUUUAACAUUAUAUAGAAAUUAAAUUUAGGAAUAUGUAUGUAUGUUGAUUUUACUACGUAGCUUAAUGUUGAAAUAUUUGUACUUUUCAUUUUUUAAUUAGGUGACCUUUUUUACUAUUAAUAAUGUAUUUCAUUUAAAUUCUUUAUUUUGUUAAUAUGAUUCCAUAAAAACACGGUCACAAAGCGCGAAAUAUUUCACUUGAAUUAGACACACUGAAUCCUGAAUAUGUCUCUGUCUCUCACGCUUAAUUAUCGCUUUAAGUACGAGCGAGAUAACUAUAUAUUUGCAAGUGGUAAGAACUAAUUGGUCUACAAAUUUCGUGUUUUGUGUCCAAAGUUAAUACAACAAAAAAUCAUUACCGCCUCGUUUAGAUCCUGUCUUAUUAUUUUUAAUUAUUUAUUAUUUUCAGUUUUAAGUAUGGCACUUUACUGACCAUAAAUAGAAUACUUUAAUGGUGUAUUGAAUAUAGUAUACUCUAAUUGUAAACAAACUUUGCAAUUAAUGUUAUAAUAGUCUCUCUAUGGUCUAUAGAGAUUUUAACUAUUUGUAAUAGUGAU